CGGAUUUCAGCCGGUAGUCGGUCGGUGUGUGUCAGUGACAGUCAUCCCAUUAAACCCCCAGGACCUCGGGCCGUCCACCUGCCUCACAGCUCUGCAUUUGUUUUUAUUUAUUUUUUAUUCCGAGGGUUUUAGGACCAGUCUAAAUGACAGCCGAGCAACAGGCGCCUGGACUGCAAACUCCGUGAAGGCUGCUCGGCUCCUGGGGAAACUGUUGCACGAAAUCCCGCUGCGAUGUCGCUGCUGUGUGUCAGAGUAAAGAAAGCCAAACUCCACGGGCCUCCAGACAAAUUCAACGCCUACGUGACUUUGAAAGUGCAGAAUGUGAAGAGUACGACCAUCACAGUUCGUGGAGAUCAGCCAUGUUGGGAGCAAGACUUCAUGUUCGAGAUCAAUCAUCUGGAGUCGGGUCUGGUGGUUGAGUUGUGGAACAAAGGUUUGAUCUGGGACACAAUGAUCGGAACGGCACUGAUACCCCUCAGCUCCAUUCGACAAUCUGAAGAGGAGGGACCAGGAGAGUGGACGUCUCUGGACUCUGAGGUCUUAAUGAGGGAGGAUGAGAUCUGUGGAACCACCAACCCGACUUCACACCAAGUGCUGCUGGACACCAGAUUUGAGCUGCCGUUUGACAUCCCAGACGACGAGGCUCAGUACUGGACCAGUAAACUGGAGCGGAUCAACACCAUGAGGAUACACGACGAGUAUCCACUGCAGGAAGAGGUCCAGAGAAGAAGAAUGGCGUCUGCUCCCUCCCAGUGCUGCAGUUGGAGUUAUUUUGGAUGGAGUGACCAGCAGACGUUUGACGACCACGACAGUGCGAUGGACGACCGAGACAGCGACUACCGCAGUGAAACCGGAAACAGACCCCCGCGGUUCCACAACACCUCCCAGACUAAUUCAUCAGUGCACCAGUACCCGAUAGGACGCAGGGUCCAACACCAAGCCCUGUCCAGGGAGUCUGAGUCUGUACAAAGUUAUGAGCUAGACUAUAGAGAAAUGAGGGGGCCCAGUCCACCUGACAGCAGCCACUUUGAUUCAUCGGGUAACCUGAGCCCGGUCAGCUCCCAGCUCAGCUCUGAGCCCGAGGAGCGCCGACAUCCAGAGCCCUGCCACCCAGCAGACGCUCGUCCACCUCUCCACAGCCAGCCGGCCACCUGGAAUGAGGAAGAAGAGGAGGAGGAAGAGGCUGAGAAGGAGCUGCAUGCACUACCAGAGCCUGGGUCCAACAAAGACCUGAAGGACUCCUCCGUCAUCCCUCCCAAACCAGCCUUGGACGUCCAGGACAACAGGAAUCAGAGCAAAAUCUCUUUCUUCGAGAACGGCCCUCCACCUUGUUCUCCAUCUAGAGUUCGCUGGUUGAAAGCGUACAACAAAGUGAGAGUGAAGCUACUUGAGAGCCGCGAUCAAGAUGGUGACCCCAGCAAGCACCCGUGGGCCAAGCCAGGGGGAAAUGCGCCGUUUGGCAUCGACAGCAUGCCAGACCUCCGCAAGAGGAGGCCGAUCCCUCUCGUUAGCGAACUGGCGAUGUCCAUGAUACAGUCGAGGAAAGCUGGACUCGCCCACACACUGGCCACACGGACCUCCCUGAAAGACGAGGAGCUCAAGAACCACGUCUACAAGAAGACCCUGCAGGCGCUGAUCUAUCCCAUCUCCUGCACCACGCCUCACAACUUCGAGGUGUGGACGGCCACCACGCCCACCUACUGCUACGAGUGUGAGGGUCUGCUGUGGGGCAUCGCCCGGCAGGGGAUGAGAUGUGCAGAGUGUGGAGUCAAAGUGCACGAGAAAUGCCAAGAGCUGCUGAACGCCGACUGCCUGCAGAGAGCGGCCGAGAAGAGCUCCAAGACCGGAGCUGAGGACCGGACGCAGCACAUCAUCAUGGCCAUGAAGGACAGGAUGAAGAUCCGCGAGAGGAACAAGCCGGAGAUCUUCGAGGAGAUACGGAAGGUGUUCAACAUCUCCAAGAUGAUCCACGCUCAGCACAUGAAGAGCAUCAAGCAGAGCGUCCUGGAUGGCACCUCCAAGUGGUCGGCCAAGAUCACCAUCAACAUCGUCAGCGCUCAGGGUCUGCAGGCCAAAGACAGGACCGGUUCCAGCGAUCCGUAUGUCACCAUCCAAGUGGGCAAAACCAAGAAGAGGACAAAGACCAUCUACGGCAACCUGAACCCGGUCUGGGAGGAGAAGUUCAGCUUCGAGUGCCACAACUCUUCAGACCGGAUCAAGCUGCGAGUCUGGGACGAAGACGACGACAUAAAGUCCAGAGUGAAGCAGCGUCUGAAGAGAGAAUCCGACGACUUCCUGGGUCAGAGCAUCAUCGAGGUCCGAACGCUGAGCGGAGAGAUGGACGUCUGGUACAACCUGGAGAAGAGAACAGACAAGUCGGCGGUUUCUGGUGCGAUUCGUCUUCAGAUCAGUGUGGAGAUCGAGGGAGAGGAGAAGGUGGCGCCCUACCACGUACAGUACACGUGCCUUCACGAGAAUGUGUUUCACUUCUCGACCGACGUGGAGGGAGGCGGCGUGGUGAAGAUCCCCGUCGCCCAGGGAGACGACGCCUGGAAGGUUUACUUUGACGAGGUGCAGCAGGACGUGGUGGACGAGUUCGCCAUGCGCUACGGCAUCGAGUCCAUCUACCAGGCCAUGACCCACUUCUCCUGCCUGUCCUCUAAGUACAUGCUGUCAGGGGUUCCGGCGGUGAUGAGCACCCUGCUGGCCAACAUCAAUGCCUUCUACGCCCACCCCACCGCCUCCACCAACGUCUCUGCUCCGGCCAGAUUCGCAGCCUCCAACUUCGGGAGAGAUCGUUUCGUGAAGCUCCUGGAUCAGCUUCACAACUCCCUGCGCAUCGACCUCUCCAUGUACCGAAAUAACUUCCCAGCCAGCAGCAAACCUCGACUCAGUGACCUCAAGUCAACCGUGGAUCUUCUCACCAGCAUCACGUUCUUCAGGAUGAAGGUCUUGGAGCUGCAGAGUCCUCCCAGAGCAGCCAACGUGGUUCGGGAUUGCGUCAAGGCCUGUCUGAACUCCACCUACGAGUACAUCUUCAACAACUGUCUGGAGCUCUUCAACCGCCAGUUUCAACCCGCCGAUCUAAACAAAGAGGAGAACCAGCCAGAGGAGCAAGGACCGAGCAUCCAGAAUCUGGAGUUUUGGCCUAAACUGAUCACGCUGAUCGUGUCCAUCAUCGAGGAAGACAAGAACUCGUACACGCCCAUCAUUAACCAGUUUCCUCAGGAACUCAAUGUGGGUAAAGUCAGCGCUGAGGUCAUGUGGAUGCUGUUCGCUCAGGACAUGAAAUAUGCCCUGGAGGAACAUGAGAGGCAUAAGCUCUGUAAGACGGCCGACUACAUGAACCUCCACUUCAAGGUCAAGUGGUUGUACAACGAGUAUGUUAAGGACCUGCCGGCCUUCACUGAAGCUGUGCCCGAGUACCCAGCAUGGUUUCUCCAGUUCGUCCUCGCCUGGUUGGCGGAGAACGAGGAAGUGUCGAUGGAGUUCAUGCACGGAGCUCUGGAGAGAGACAAGAGAGAAGGGUUCCAGCAGACGUCCGAGCACGCUCUGUUCUCCAGCUCGGUGGUCGACAUCUUCACCCAGCUCAACCAGAGCUUCGAGAUCAUCAAGAAGCUGGACUGUCCCGACCCGGCUGUGGUGGCCCAUUACAACCGCCGCUUCGCCAAGACGAUCACCAAAGUGCUGCUGCAGUAUUCUGCCCUGCUGGCCAAGAGCUUCCCCUCCUACUGCGAGAAGGAGAAGAUACCCUGUGUGCUGAUGAACAACAUCCAGCAGAUGAGAGUCCUUUUGGAGAAGAUGUUCGAGUCGAUGGGAGCAAAACAGCUGGAUGUCGAGGCAGCCGACAUCCUCAAUGACCUGCAGGUGAAACUCAGCACCGUCCUUGACAACUUCAGCGCCAUGUUUGCCAAGAGUUUCCAGACUCGUACUACCGGCUGCAUGCGUCAGAUGGCUGAGAUCCUGUACCAGAUGAAAGGCCCCCCCAACCACAACACUGCAGAGGCAGAUGCUGACGCCAUGCUGAGGCCCCUCAUGGAGUUCCUGGAUGGGAACCUCAGUAUCUUUGCUGACAUCUGUGAGAAGACGGUGCUGAAGAGGAUCCUGAAGGAUCUUUGGAAGAUCGUCCUGAGCAGCCUGGAGAGAACCAUCGUCCUGCCUCAGAGCAACGACAGCCUGGGAGCCCAACUCCUCACGGCAGCGAAAGGACUCUCUAAUCUCAAGGGAGGAGGUGAAGCCAAAACUCUGACGCCCAAACAGUGUAUAAUCAUCGACGCAGGCCUGGAGACCAUCAAGCAAUAUUUCCACGCAGGAGGAAACGGGCUGAAGAAGGCGUUUGUGGAGAAAAGUCCUGAGCUGGCUUCUCUUCGUUACGCCCUCUCUCUGUAUUCUCAGAGCACUGACGCUCUCGUUAAGACCUUCGUCACCACACAACACUCCCAAGUGCAUGAUGGGAUGGGCAUUAGAAUCACCGGCAAUGAGAAGAUUAAACCUGACAGAGGUUCAGGGGUGGAAAAACCGAUUGGAGAAGCCGUGCUGCAGAUCGACAUGAUGCUCGGGAAAGAACGGAAAGUCAGCGUCAGAGUGAUCGCCGUGAACGACAUGAAGUGGCAAACAUCUGGGAUGUUCAGACCGUUCGUUGACGUCUCCAUGGUCGGUCCAUUCCUGGCCGACAAGAAGAGAAAGUUCACCACGAAAUCCAAGAACAACAGCUGGACGGCGAAGUUCAACGAGGCCUUCCAGUUCGUCCUCGGUAAGGAGUCCCCCGACUGCUACGAGCUCCAGGUGACGGUGAAGGACUACUGCUUCGGCCGGGCGGACCGGGUGGUCGGGAUGGCCGUGGUGCAGCUCCGAGACGUCGCCGACCGCAAGAGCUGCGUCUGCUGGUGUCCACUCGGGCCGCGGAUCAGCACCGACGAGACGGGAAUGACGGUGAUGAGGAUCCUGUCCCAGAGGCCUGCAGACGAGGUGGCCAAAGAGUUCGUGAAGCUCAAGUCUGAAACUCGUCCUGUGGAGGAGGGAAGAUGAACAGAGGUGAACCGUGUUGAAAUGAUGAAAAAUGGAAAUAAAGCUGAUGUUUAACCUUCAUCCUCGGUGAUCACAGACCUCUAAAGAUCCAAACAUGGAGGAGAAAGGAGCAAAAGAAAAUUCACUUUGUCUUUAAUCAAAUGGCUACAUCUUUAGAAGGAAAAAUCACAACAUAUGGUUUCAAAUCUCCUAACUCUUGAGGUCUUCUUCAUCUUCUAAUUCCGAUUGGAGAAUAUUUCCAUCAUUUGUAGCCAUUUAAAUCUGCACUUGAUCCUCAAGAAGCCACAUUAAUUUAUCAUUUCUGGUCCCAGCAGUGUGAAACUAAAAGAACCUGCAAAAUUCUGCCUCUUUUUAAGCAACUAAUAAUGAGAUAAGAGGCAGUAAUCCCACAUUCUUGUACUGUUUCAGCCUCACAAAUCCAAUAUGUGACAUGAAUACCACUGCUGACUCCAAAUAAAACUAGAAUUAAUCAGCUGAAUAGUGUCUCAGACGUGAGAACAGAUGUUGUAUUUAGCAUGAGUUGUUGCAGAAAGCUAACCAAAGAUCCAAAGUCACAGAGGGGGAAUUCAGUAGCGAACAAUAAUUCCCCGACUCGGUUCAAGACAUCACGAUUCAAACCCGUUUAUGACACUAGUAAGACACUUGUAGCACCAGUCAGGAGUGUCAUUAAGCUACUACUUUUCUGGAGACGUGUUGAGAUGUUGUUGGAUGACGCCAUGUUCUGAUGCGUCAGGACGUGGCCGAUGUGUGUCUUCAUGAAAUGCUGGAUGUCUGGUUAAUAUUUUUCUGAAUAUAUAAAAGCUUGAAAAGAAAGAAAACACACUGAGAAAGGAUUUCGUAGCGAGUUCUUAUGAAGCCUUAAAAAGAGCUAACGAAGCUAACGAAGCUAACGAAGCUAGCUCGGCAAAGACUCACAAAGACAUGAAUGAGUUCUACGACACUGACUCGUAAAGUAAAAAGGAAAUGUUUUUUAUUCAGAAUCAAAGAAGUAUGGGUUUAAAAUGUCUGACUGAUCACUGGACUUGAAUUUUCUGUUUUGAACUGUGAUUUUGAAGACCUGAUCUGAAUGAAAACAGCUGUUUUUAUGGGUUACAGCUGCAGUAGGCAGGAAUCGGGCUGGAACAAGCAAAGGAAAUAUGUCUAAAUAAGACAUACCCAGAUUUAAAUGGUGAAAACAUUUCCAUGGAAGUUAAGAAACUCUAAUUUAAACUGCUCUGAAUAGACACAGCUGUUUUUAGGGGGUGGAAGCUGCAGUAGGCAGAAAUCUGUCUGGAAAAAGAAAAUAAAGUUGGCUUCAUCUGGGAGUUAAAUUAAAGUCCUCCAUCCAUCCCAUUGUAAAACCAUCUUCUAUCCUUUCUGCAGCCUUUGUUGCUUUUUAUACCGUCUCACCAAGUUCUGGUUGAAGGCCUGACAUUUUCAAGUCUAAAAACAAAGCCAAAAUGAGUUGCAGUUUUCUCCCACACCACUUCAGUUUCAAUAUGGACGAGGUUUUAUUGUAAAUUUUCCCAGUGAUACCAAAAAGUACUGCCUAUUCUAUCUUUGAAUGGUAAAAAAUACCUUCAUGGAGGUCAAGAAACUCUACUUUUAAAGUUUUUACAAACCAGAACCUGCGACUCUGAAGACCUGAUCUCAAUGGAAACAGCUAACAGCUAACAACCUGUUUUAGCAGUUAAAGCUGCACUAGGAAGAAAUCUGGUUGGAAAAGGCAAAAACUGUGUUUUUUGUUUCCCAAGUAAAACUCCUCCAUCUAUCUGCAGAUGUCUUGUUUCCUUUUAAAUGACUUGAAUUUCAACAUGUCCAAAGGUUUUUACUUAAAUUUUGCCCAUUGAUGCCAAAAAAGUACUGCUUACUCUCGCUUUAAUUGGUCAAAUACCUUCAUGGAGGUCAACCAACUCUGGCUAAAGUUGAUUUUCUAAAGCCUGAAAUAAAGCCCAGAGGAGGUGCAGGUGCCUGGUUUCUUCUCACAUCAUGAGAUCAUGUGAUUUUCAACAUAUUGAAAGAUUUUUGAGAAAAAAUUUUGCCCAGCGAUGCCCAUAAAAGUACUGCCUACUCCAGCUUUAGGCACUUAAAGCUGAGGUUGGCAGAAAUUCUGUCUGCAAAAAAAUAAAAGAACGUCUGUUUUGGGGGCUUCACACAGGGUUCAAACCCCACUCUCCAAAAUAAAAGCCCUCCAUGUAUCCCACUGCAACACCACACCCUGUUGCUGUUUAUGCUUCCUGUUCUGGUUGAAGCCUCUGGGAUUUUAUGAAUUUUUAUGAAGGUAAAGUUGUGUCAACUUUGCCAAACUCUGCCCCCAAAAGUUCUGCCUACUCAGCUUUAAAUAGUUAAAGGACUGUCAUGGAGGUUAAGAAACUCUUUCACAGUCGACAACAAAGGACGAAUCCGAUGCCGCCGCCUCGCCCUGCAUGCUCAGCCACAUACUCGACCCAUUUACGGAAUAUCUGAGUGACCUGAUGGGAGAUGAAGCUCACAGGCAGGUUGGACCGAUCCGAUCCAAACUGUUUACUACGUGCCAAGGAACGCAAGUGUUCAGCGAGCCACGUUCAACUAACUCUUGUUGUUUUCACAGAUUUGGCUUGUGCAGACGUCCCACUUUCUACCGCAAAUUUAAAGUUUCAAGUUUAGUUCUGCUGAAUUAAGCCCAACCAACUUUUAUCUGCGGUAAAAAGUGGGAUGUUUGACGUCUGAACUCUUGCACUCUGUUUAAAACUAACUGUAAGUUUGUACAAAGUAAACGAGAAGAGCAUGUAUUUAUUGUACACAAAGUCAGCUAGAAUGGUGAUUUUUUUUCUCUUUUUUUCCAUGUAUGUACUGUGAAAUAUGAGGACUGAUCAAAUGUAUGUAUCAAUAUUCUAAUGUGACAUAUGUUGAAUAUACUUGUAACAAUAUUUUGUAUAUAAAAUAUUUAUGAAUCAAA